CUCGUCUCAAACAUAAUUCUACAAUCCAUUUAAACACAACAAUAUCUUUAUGAACACUUAAGCGAGGUGGUAUAUCAUCACGAAGGCUCCGUCGUAGGGUUGUCUGCUUCUGCAAACCCGUUCCGCGUUCUCGUUGGCGGUUGCCACACAGCGUUUAACGUCUUGGCGGCAUCAUCACAACCACAGAAAUGGAAUUCCACAAUAAGCCACAAACUGGAGAAUCAUUCGUAUACCAUGAGCGAAACGAUCGGUCCUUAUUGAUGCUAUAUCUACAAGUCGUCAUCAAGUCCUUCAGGCCUAGGCUGGCAUCCCCGUCCAAGCUGCCGCCCAACGCAGAGCGCUUGACACCACCCAAGAACGCACGAAAAUGCCAUAUAGAAGAGAGGGUAUUGGAAGAGCUAUGGCUCUAUGACAUAACACGAGAAUCAGAUGGCAGCUAUGACAGAGAACCAGGUCCGCCGCGUCGACGACGAAUUCUAUACUUUGCCGGGGGAGGUUGGCAGAUGCCACCGAGCAAGAAUCAUUGGACUUUUUGCAUGGAACUCGUCCGACGGCUCGACAACACAGCAGUCACGAUCAUCUCCGUACCUCUCGCACCGAAACACCCUGUCUCAGUUGCAUUCCCUCGUAUUCAAAGAGCGUACAGUUCCCUUCUAAACGAAUCACAUGACGCCGGCGAAAGGGUUAUUGUUGCCGGAGAUAGUUCAGGCGGUAAUAUUGCACUAAGUCUCGUAGCUUGGACUUUGAAGCACCCAAAGAGUGAGGUUCUGAACCCACCUGUUGCUGUCAUGGCUAUCAGCCCUACGGUAGACCUUCGUCAUGAACUCCCACAGAUCAGAGUGGUGGAGAAAUCCGAUGCACUUCACACAUUCGAAUCCAUCAAAGCCACUGCUGAGGCAUGGUGUCCCGAGGAGGCGACUACAGAAUCAAGUAAAAUUUCGCAACAAAAUCGAGGGGACAGUCAUGGAUGCUCCGACUGGGGCCUGGAUGAUCCCAGAGUGUCUCCCAUUCACGCCGAUCUUGGGGUCUUUGUACAACACAACGUUCACAUUUAUGGAGUAACAGGGUCAUAUGACGUGUUAGCACCUGAGGCUGUUGCUUUCCGAAAUAAGUGCAGGGAGCAUGGAGUCUCUGGAGAGUGGCUAUCGUGGGAAAGACAGAUGCAUUGCUUCCCACUGAUGUUCAAAUAUGGGCUCAAAGAGGGUAAGGAAGGCACGGAUUGGAUCAUUCGUGUUCUCGAUAAGCACCCAUGAGAUUUGGGCCGCAAGACACCAUAGCAUCGAUAAAAGCUGAGUUGCAGGGAUUCUAACACAUCAUGAGCGAGAGACCAACCCAACCAAUUCUAUGUACCACGAUAAGAUUUUGAAUGAGGAAGUGCUCUCAUCCAAUCUAUUCUUAUACAAGGCACAAGCUGCAUCAUGUCAAGCUACAAUGCACUGGCAGUAUCUUCUAUGAGGGGAAUCUUUCCUGGUUUACUUUAU